AUGUCUGCUGCUGUUAUAGAGGGAAAUGAUGCUGUAACCGGUCAUAUUAUUUCCACUACGAUUGGGGGCAAAAAUGGUGAACCGAAGCAGACAAUUAGUUACAUGGCUGAGCGGGUUGUUGGAACGGGAUCAUUCGGAAUUGUUUUCCAGGCAAAAUGCUUGGAAACUGGAGAAUCAGUAGCCAUUAAGAAGGUUUUGCAAGAUCGUCGCUACAAAAAUCGUGAGUUGCAACUCAUGCGACUAAUGGAUCACCCAAAUGUCAUCUCCUUGAAGCAUUGUUUCUUCUCUACAACAAGUAGAGAUGAACUCUUCCUUAACCUCGUUAUGGAGUAUGUACCUGAGACUUUGUACCGGGUUUUGCGGCACUAUACUAAUUCGCAUCAGAGGAUGCCCAUUUUCUAUGUCAAACUUUACACAUACCAAAUUUUCAGAGGUUUGGCUUACAUCCAUACUGUUCCUGGUGUUUGCCACAGAGAUGUGAAACCACAAAAUCUUUUGGUUGAUCCCUUAACCCAUCAGGUUAAGCUGUGUGAUUUUGGAAGUGCAAAAGUAUUGGUCAAAGGUGAAGCAAACAUAUCAUAUAUCUGCUCCCGUUAUUAUCGAGCUCCAGAACUCAUCUUUGGAGCCACUGAGUAUACAGCAUCCAUAGAUAUAUGGUCUGCUGGUUGUGUUCUGGCAGAGCUUCUUCUUGGCCAGCCGUUAUUUCCUGGAGAAAAUUCAGUUGAUCAACUUGUGGAGAUCAUAAAGGUUCUUGGUACUCCAACUCGAGAAGAAAUUCGAUGUAUGAAUCCAAACUACACAGACUUUAGAUUCCCCCAAAUCAAAGCUCACCCUUGGCACAAGGUUUUUCAUAAGCGGAUGCCUCCAGAAGCCAUUGACCUUGCUUCUCGGCUUCUUCAAUAUUCACCAAGUCUACGUUGCACUGCGCUCGAAGCAUGUGCACAUCCGUUUUUCAAUGAACUCCGAGAACCAAACGCCCGUCUCUCAAAUGGUCGUCCAUUACCGCCAUUGUUCAACUUCAAACAAGAGUUGAGUGGAGCUUCAUUGGAGCUGAUCAACAGGCUUAUACCGGAGCAUGUGAGACGGCAAAUGAGCACAGGAUUACAAAGGGAUGUCUGA